CGCAAGAAAAAAACAGAUGGAGAGACAUUAAAACAUGUGAUUUCAGUUAACAUCACUCCAAAUUCCUUCAUUUUCAAACAAAGUCUAGAGAGAGAAACAAAAUUCAAGAAUCUAGAGAGAGAAGCUAGCUUCUACAGAGCCUUUAAAUGGAGUUCAAAGAAACCGAAGAAGACUGUGUAAACUUGUUUUAGAGAGAGAAACUGAGUAAUUCUAGAGAGAGAAACAUGAACAGAAUUACUCACUCAAACCUACUCAAGAUCGCGCUCUCUCUCUUCCUUUUGAACUCCAUCUCCGUCUUCCUAUACUUCUCCUCUCCUUACCACAACCACCACCGUGAAACAACGUCGGCUCCGCCUCCACCUCCGCCGCCAGCUGUCGCUACCUCACACGACGCGAAUCGUCAUUUCCUAACUGACGAACAUAACAACAAUAACGUUAAUUAUAAUUACCUAAAACCCUGGCCGAUAUUACCAUCGUACCUUCCAUGGAAACUAACUAAUGCUGCUGACGUGGCAUUCCGUUCAUGCGAGUCUCAUUUCGGUAACGGAUUCACUCGCCGGCUCAACAUUCUCCCCCCGUCCUCCUCACCAGAACACGGCGGUUCCGGUUCCGGUUCCGGAUGGUUCCGGUGUUACUACAGCGAGACGCUGAGGAGUUCGAUUUGCGAAGGAGGAAGUGUACGCAUGGUGCCGGAGAUGAUACGGAUGUCGAGAGGCGGUGAGGUUAUAGAGGAGGUUAUUGGUAGACAGGAAGAUGAGGAGUUGCCUGAGUUUCAAAACGGUGCGUUUCAGGUCUUAUUCUCAUCAGGAGAUAAAAACAGUAAAUAUUUUAAAAAUGGAAAGCUUGUUGAUGAUGAGUUUUUGGAUAAUUAUGUUCCUGAAGGACAGAUUUUGAGACAUACAAUGCGAGAUUUGAUCGAUUCGAUUCAUAUCGUUGAUCAUCAAGAAUUUCUCUGUGAUCAGUGGUACGAGGAACCAACAAUUCUGGUCACUCGAUUUGAAUAUGCAAAUCUUUUUCACACCAUUACAGAUUGGUACAGUGCCUAUGUGUCUUCAAGAGUCACAGGGUUGCCUUAUCGGCCUCAUUUGAUUUUUGUGGACGGUCAUUCAAGGGCGCCAUUAGAAGAAACAUGGAAAGCAUUGUUUUCAAGUGUUCGGUAUGCUAAAAACUUCAGCGGCUCGGUUUGCUUUCGCCAUGUUGUUUUUGUGCCUUUGGGAUACGAGACUGCACUAUUUAAGGGACUAAGUGAAGAAAUAGACUGCAGGGGAGCAUCUGCACACGAUCUUAGGCAAAAUCCAGAUGACAGAAAAACAGCCCGAUUAUCCGAGUUUGGAGAAAUGAUUAGAGCAGCCUUCGGCUUCUCUGUCAAUAGCCACGGUCCUGAAAAUCCCGUAUCAGGUUAUAAUAUUCUGUUUGUCAGACGUGAAGAUUAUUUAGCGCAUCCACGUCAUGGUGGUAAAGUAGAAUCGAGACUAAGUAAUGAAGAAGAAGUGUUGAAUGCAUUACAGAAUUGGGCAUCCAAUCAUGGGGAGUGCAAAAUGAAUAUUGUGAAUGGGUUGUUUGCUCACAUGGCGAUGAAAGACCAAGUCAGAACUAUUCAAGAGGCGUCGGUUAUUAUUGGUGCUCACGGUGCAGGUAUGACUCACAUAGUAUCCGCAACACCAAAAACAGUAAUUUUAGAAAUCAUAAGUCGCAAGUUCAGACGGCCGCAUUUUCAAUUAAUUGCUCAGUGGAAAGGCUUAGAAUACCACGCCAUUAAUCUCGCCGGAUCAUAUGUCAAUCCAGCAGUUGUGGUCGACAAGCUUAGCAGAAUAGUGAAAAGCCUUGGAUGUUAAAACCCCUCGUCCCGGGAGAAGAAAUCAUGUCUGCUCGAGUUUUAUUUAUCGAUUUUGUCUAUUUGAUUCAGCUGUUGUUGUGAGCUGUUAGAUGAAAUUCAACCGCUCAUUUCAACCAUUUGAUCCAUCACUGAAUCUGAUGUGUAAGAGUUAUUUACUCACCGGCCGGCAGAUUGCCAGAUUCAAGCUGGUAACAAACUUGCAGAAUAACCGUCAAGUUUAUGUUAGAGGGGAACUUAGAUUUAGAGGGAAACUUACAUCACUCGUGGGUAAAAUUUAAAAGGUCGAAUAAUCAUGUUGCCACAUUGUACAGAAACCUUAGUAUGAAUAUAAUAUUGACUUAUGUAGCAA